AAUUAAAAAAAACAUUGAUCGAUCUCUUCUAUUAUGUGGAGUGUGGAUAGCGGUGGGCUGUGAGCACAUGAUCAUAAUAAAUAUAUUAUUAACAUAAAAUUUACUAAAACAAUUCAGUACAAUAAUAAAAGGUAAAUGAACAAAAUAAAAAAAGUGUUUAUAUUUUUAUUGAAUAACAAUGGUUACAGUGUCGAGUCCAAUACAUGUAACUUUUAGUAGUGAAGUCGUUAUCAAACUAGUUAUUUUUCAGUUUCUGUGAAUAUACAAUUUAUUUAUUUUUUUGUAACAAUAAAAUAAAUAGUGUUUUUUGAAAUUAUGUUUAAUAAAUGUGUACUUGAAACUAAUUAUUUGUGUUAAAGAAAACGUGAAUUGUUUCUCUGUAUUUUAUGGAUGAAAUAAUUACCCAUAGUUACUUUUCAUUUUAAUUAUUUUAUUUGGCAAUAAUGAAGUUUUCUUGUCUUCCACGAAUAAUGGGUUGCAGACAAUCAUAUAUAUUUCCAAAACCAGAAAUUGAGAGGAACUCCAUAGUUACCGGACACUUUACACCGAAAAUUUCAACAGAUAAUCCACAAAAGCCUAGCAUAGCAAGUAACAAAACUGAAGAUCAACGUGUAUCCGAUGACUCCGAUUUACCAAGAGUACGACGGCCAGGUAUACCAGGAAAUCGAAAAUAUAUAGAAGAAAAUGAAGAAAAUGUUCGAAUUAUUAAAAUCGAUAAAGAUUCAAAAUCUGAAGAAUUAAUUCGGAAAGCGUUUGAAAAUAAUGACUUUUUAAACCAUUUUUGUGGUGAUAAAAAACGAAUGAAAUUAAUUGUCGAAGUUAUGUAUGCAAAAGAAAUUGAAGCUGAUAGUUUUAUUAUUAAAGAAGGAGAAACUGGGUCACAUUUAUUUGUAUCCGCAUCGGGAUCGUUUGAAGUAUUAAAUAAAGAUAAUGAAGUUGUUAAGAAAUUUGAGGCUGGCGAAGCAUUUGGAGAGUUAGCAAUUUUAUACAGUGCUAAGCGUUUGGCCUCUGUUAAAGUUCUAACACCAGCGAAAGUAUGGGUAUUAGAUCGGCUUGUAUUUCAAAAAAUAAUCCACCGUACUGUUGUUGAAGAGCAAGAUGCUAAUAUUAAAUUUUUGAAAUCAUGUCCAUUAUUUGAAAAAUUGCAUAAAGCCAAUGUAGCCAAAAUAGCUGAUUUAUUAAAACCAGAAUUUUUCGAAUCCGGUAAAGUAAUUGUAAGACAAGGUGACACAGGUGAUAAAUUUUAUAUUAUUAAGGCUGGUACUGUAAAAUUUAGUAAAAAAAUUGGUGAGAACGGUUUUGAAGAAUCGUUUGGUACAAGAACUAGAGGUGAAUAUUUUGGAGAAUUAGCGUUGCGUAAGGAGGGUGAAGUUCGACAAGCUACUGUUACAGCUUUAGAUUCAGGAGUUGAAUGUUUAACAUUAGAUCGAAUAGCAUUUACGAAAUACUUAGGCAAUUUAGACGAAUUAAAAAAUGAUGGGAUUUAUAAUGAUCCACCAGUAAAACGUAUUACCUCUGAAUUUGCAUAUGUGGAACUAGAAGAUUUAAAUGUAAUAGGAACAUUAGGUGAAGGUGGUUUUGGUCGAGUUGAUUUAGUACAAUAUCGUGAUGAUACUAAUUUGACAUUUGCAUUGAAAAAAUUAAAGAAAAUUGAAAUGGUCCAACAACAGCAGCAAGAACAUGCGUUUAAUGAAAAAAAUAUUAUGAUUAAUUGCAAUAGUAUAUUUAUAUGCAGAUUGUACAAGACAUAUCGUGAUGCAAAGUAUUUAUACUUUUUAAUAGAAGCAUGUUUGGGUGGUGAUGUAUGGACAACAUUACAAAAGAAACGUGAAUUUAAUGAAGCAACCGCAAAAUUUAUGUCCGCAUGUGUAAUCGAAGCAUUUGAAUAUCUACAUAAACGAAAUUUUGUUUAUCGUGAUUUAAAACCAGAGAAUUUAAUGUUGGAUGCAAAAGGAUAUAUUAAAAUAGUUGAUUUUGGUUUCGCUAAGAAGGUUGCAGAUGGUACAAAAACGUGGACAUUCGCUGGAACACCAGAAUAUGUUGCACCUGAAAUUAUUUUAAAUCGCGGUCAUAAUCGAGCCGUUGAUUAUUGGGCAUUAGGUAUUUUAAUACAUGAAUUAUUGGUUGGAAAACCACCAUUUCGAGGGCGUGAUCAUAUGAGCACGUACAAUUUAAUCUUAAAAGGUAUUGAUCGUGUACCAUUUUCACCUAGAAUACCAAAUUCUACUCAACAUUUAAUUAAAAAAUUAUGCCGCUUUGUGCCUACUGAACGACUUGGAUGCUUUCGAGAUGGAAUUAAGGACAUUAAAAAUCAUAGAUGGUAUUUAGGAUUUGAUUGGGAUGCUUUAAAAGCCGGAACUAUGCCUGCACCACUAAUAAAUCCAGUCAGAAAUAACCAAGACUUAUCAAACUUUGAUCGUCAACGUGCCGAUGAUGAUGAUCCACCCGAAGAAGAAUCUGGAUGGGAUCGUGACUUUGAUAAAUGAGAUUAACUUUGUUAACAUAUAUUCAGUAAUUAAUGAUAUUAAUAGUAUAAGUAAUAAAAUAAGUAUUUUUCACUCAUCAUGUGUUGCAUAUUUAAUAAUUUUUCUUUUAAAUAUGUUGUUUUUUAUUGUACUUAAUUUUCACAUCACUUGUUAAGAAAUUGUUA